AUGGCAUCAUCAUCUUUACAAAUCUCUGCACUGCUUCUGGCUUUGGCGGGGCUCAUCAUUUUACUUGUUACGACUGUGUCCAACAGAUGGAAAAUUUCCAGUACUGCAACAGCAGUUAUUACUGCAAACUGGAUUUACGAAGGCCUCUGGAUGAACUGUGCAGCUACUGCCUUGGGUUCGGUUCAGUGCAAGAAAUUUUUCUCCUUGCUGAGUUUAGACACUUACAUACAAGCAUGUCGUGCUCUGAUGAUCAUUUCCAUCGUCUUGGGUCUCUUGGCUACUGUGCUGUCAUUGUUUGGUUUAAAGUGCACACAAGUUGGGAUGAGUAAUGAAAAUACAAAAGUAAAGAUUUCUGUAACGGGGGGAGUGAUCUUCAUUUUAGCAGGACUCUCAUCUAUGGUGGCUGUUUCUUGGUAUGCUGCAAGGAUUACUGCUCAAUUUUUUGACCCACUGUAUGGUGGAACCAAGUAUGAACUAGGAGAUGCACUGUACUUAGGCUGGGCUGGAUCGAUUUUGUCUAUGCUUGGUGGGAUCUUCUUGACUUGUUCAUGCAGAAGGGGAAAAAGAGGAAUGCACAGUGACCGCAAGUAUGACUACUCAGCUGGCCAGGCAGCUCAUCAGCCAUGCAUUUACACCAAAAAUUCUGAUACAGUCAUGACAUCCAAAGAUUAUGUGUAAACUUUUUAUUUUUUUAAUUGUUUGUACGUUAACAUCUUGUCAAUCCAAAUAAAAAGAUAAAUUAAUUUUGA